UGCUCACUCCCGUAUAGUCCCGUAAUUACGUCGUCUGCUAUUCAAGAUUUUUAUGUUUGUUUGUUUUUUUCAUAAAGGUCCUGUCUAAUUCGCUGUGGAAUUAGUGAAUUACAUUUUAUGCCGGUUGGAUUUCCUCAGUAUCAUUGAUCAUAUAUAUUUUAUUGUUGCAUUACUUAGUAGUUAGGCUACUUGAGAUUGUUUUCAAGAAACGACGGCGAUGGAAAUACAUCGGCUAGAAAAGUGUCCAAGUAGUGCAUAUUACAUUAAAGAUUUUCUUACUGUGGAAGAAGAGGUGUUCUUAUUGAAGAAUGUAUACAAUGUUCCUCAAACAAAAUGGACUCAGUUAUUAAGAAGAAGGCUCCAAAACUGGGGUGGUGUUCCUCACCCUAAUGGUAUGAUCCCUGAAGCUAUUCCACAGUGGCUUCAGACAUGUAUAGACAAAGUAGUGGCACUGAAUGCAUUCUGUGAUGCUCCAAACCAUGUAUUGAUAAAUGAAUAUAAACCAAAUGAAGGAAUAAUGCCCCAUUUAGAUGGACCACUAUACUCUUCAACAAUUGCGACGGUGAAUCUUGGCUCUCACACAGUACUAAAUUUCUAUGAUUCGAAAGACAGAGAAAAGGUUUCAUUCUCGUUGUUUCUGGAGCCACAAAGUUUAUUAGUCCAACAAGGGAAUAUUUAUGAAACCUAUUUACACGGAAUCGAUGAAAAAUACGAAGACAUUCUUGACAACUCAAUUUUUAAUGUGCCUAGCAAUUACCAGAUGAAUCAGUCUUUGAAGAGGGAAACACGUGUUUCUCUUACAAUAAGACAUGUGCAGAAAGUAUCAAAACUCAAGAUAAAAUUGGGGAGAUGAGAUUAAUGAUAAAUGUUAUGUUGAAAUCUUCUUCAUUCAGUUUCAUGAAUCUAAAAAUAAAUACACAAUGUUAAUAAGG